GCUUAAUAUCACCACUAAGCUCGAAUCUUCCCUGUCAACUCGGACAACCGGGCAACGUGCGUGCACUCCCUGCGGUCAAUUCUCCUCCCCACUUGCCCACGCACAAAUCCCGUACCGGCAUCCCGUCUCAUUCACCCGCGCAUUAACAUCUGUCGAUGGCUGGAUCAGGGAAGAGAGCCAUGCCUGAUAGGAAAUCCGUUCAGCCUGCUAAGAAGAGAAAGGGAGGUGGCCAAUGGCAGAAACACCAACAAGGCAAUAAGUCGGGCAUUGAGGGAGGCGACUGGGGAGUUUUCGUGUCGUGCGACUUGGGAAAGGAAGGAAAGUGUAUGGCAGAGGUAGUGGAUGUUUUCUCGCAGAGUGUGGAGUCAUCCAGCAGUGACAGUCAUGGAGACAAGCCCGACUCGGAUGAGGAGGAUGACGAUGAUGACAUCGAGGCCCUAAUCAGAAAAGAGGUCGAAGGACUGAAGCCCAGCGCGAGCAAGUCGCGCCCGUUUCAUGCCAUCAGAAUGGAUUUGCCGUGUCUGUUGUUUGUGCGAUUUGACAAAUCCAUCAAUCCAGAGGAAAUGGUACAUAAACUUUGCUUAGACGCAGCUGCCAACCCUGAAAAGAAGCGAUCUCGAUACAUCCAACGCAUGACACCUGCAAUUUCCGUUCGCAAAACUCUCAGUGUCGACCUGGAGUCUUUUGCACGGGAAGUCCUCAAACCGCAUUUCCAUUCCGGGGGGCCUCCCAAGAAGUACGCAAUUCGACCUGUUGUGCGAAGCAACAAGAAGUUCAAUCGCGACAUAGUCAUCAAGACUGUUGCAGAUGUCGUGGGGCCCGAGCAUCCUGUUGAUCUCAAGAACUAUGACUUGAUCAUCCUCGUCACCGUUAUCCAGAAUGUCAUUGGCAUGAGUGUUGCCGGAAGCGACUACGAUCGGUUAAAGAAGUAUAACCUGGCCGAGUUAUACAGUCCAGCGGCUACGUCAGAGGCAGAGGCCGCUGAAUCUACGAAGGACUAACCCUACAUUCUCCCCGAGUAAAUUUGGGCGAACAAUUGGCGUCGGGCAAAUCUUGAUUAAGUGGCGAAGUGUGGUCGCCUCAUCAGCUCCACGAAGACAAAAGCUAGAAAUGUGUAUAUACAAAGUUCGCGAUAUCCUAACAACUGAAUUGCCCUCUCUUC